GCCAGCUCUUCGUUCUCCACUCGCCGCCAUGAACAACAGCCAGUGGAAAUGGCAGAACAACAGGACGGCUCUCAGCGCCCACCCUAUUUACUUCAAAAAUCGCCCAGAACUGAUACCUGGCAUACCUGAUCAUGCACUCGUACUCGCCGUCCCUGUGAUCGCGUACUGGGCAUAUUCUCUCUUCUUCCAUGCGCUGGACAUGUCGGGAUGGAAAUGGUUAGACAAGUAUCGUAUACACGAUUCGGCCGAAGUCAAGCUACGGAAUCGCGCGACAAGGCUACAGGUCGUGCGAGCGGUCAUCUUCCAGCAAGUGAUUCAAACAAUCCUGGGUGUAUGGUGGAUGGAUGGAGCAGAGGAUGUCAGCACGGCCGACCAUGCCAUUCGCUUGCAGACGCUUGCUCCUACCGUUGAGCGUGUGCUGCGUUCGGCUGUCGGAAAUGAUCUGGCGCAUUCCCUGAUGGAUCACAGCGGGGCCGAUAUCCUCUACGUUGUCUAUUGGUGGGCGAUCCCGAUUGCACAAUUUUUGUUUGCCAUGUUCAUCAUCGACACUUGGCAAUACUUCCUUCACCGUGCUAUGCACGUCAACAAGUUCCUGUACAAGCAUCUGCACUCGGUUCAUCACCGACUCUACGUUCCAUAUGCAUUUGGCGCACUGUAUAACCACCCUCUCGAGGGGUUUCUUCUGGACUCACUGGGGGCCGCCAUUGCCGAGGCACUGUCAUGCAUGACAACCCGACAGGCUAUGCUUCUAUUUGGCUUCUCUACACUGAAGACGGUCGAUGAUCACUGUGGUUACCGCCUGCCUUUCGACCCCUUACAAUGGAUCAGCACCAAUGAUGCCGACUAUCAUGAUAUCCACCACCAAAUCAUCGGUAUCAAGUCAAACUUCUCUCAACCCUUCUUCGUGCACUGGGAUGUGAUACUCGGCACACGGAUGACACGCGAAGACAUCACCCUUCGUCGUCAAAAGGCUCUGAAACACGAUUGAUAUCUUUCAUUCCUUCAACCAUACCUAUUAUGUUUACAUUGCGAUCUGUUACUUGUUCCGGGAUCAGGCGCUCGUUUCUCUUUGCAUAUUGGCCAUAUGCAAUAUCACUAUAGCAUACGUUGACUUCCUAGGCAUGUAAUUAAUAUACUAUAGCUUGUUUACUGCCUUGACUUGACCACUCC